AUGUCUAUAGCCAGGGCUACUGGUAUCCUGCUCAAUCAUAAGCAGGCCAGUACCAUCACUCUACUCCGGCCCAGAUAUGCAUCGUCACACAGCCAUGAUCAUCACCACGAGGAGCAUCAUGAGGAUGCUACUGCCUACCCCAAAGAAGAUUUCUCGUCUCCGGCAUGGCGGUACUUCGUUCUGUGCGGUCUUGGUGUCGUAGGCUUCUACAAGUUCGCCCCCGAGCCCAGCGAAAACGUCUACAUCACCCGCUUGAUCGCGCACUACGCGACGCCGUCCGAGGUCUGGCACAGAUUCAACUGGAAGCACUUACUACUCUCGGUGCAAGGGUCGGACGAGGCGCUGCUGAUGGCAGAUGCGAAACCACCUCCGGUGCAUCGCUACAGGUAUCCCCAGCGGUUCGAGCAGGCUUCGACACAUCUUCAGCCUGUGGGGCAAGACGUUGACCUCAGCAAUGUUGUAGUUAAGGGGGACAAGGAGUACAGUUAG